GGAAUUAGAUUCGUGACGUCGGAGCAGUGUGAAGUCAGUCUGUUAGACGUGGCGGGAGAAUUUUGAGUGCGUUUUUAUCGUUGUAUUUCAUUUUCAGAAGAAAACAUUUGCUUUUAUUCGCGGGUACAAUGUGGAACCAAGGUAAAUAUGGUGAGGCCAGUAUGGCUGGAUACACACAGUCUCCAGGAGGAUUUGCAUCGCCUGCUGCCUCUCAGGGGGGAGAAAAGAAAGGGAGAUCGCGGGCGCAGCAGAUUGUUCCCUGUUCAGUGUCCCAGCUGAUGUCUGCCGUGCAGGCAGAGGACGUCUUUAAAGUGGGGGAGGUAGAGAUCGCACAGGUAACUAUUGUUGGAAUUAUAAGAAGCACUGACAAAUCUACAAUCAACAUCCAGUACAAGGUAGAUGACAUGACUGCAGCUCCCAUGGAUGUGAAGCAGUGGAUAGAUACAGAGGACAUGGGCGUUGAUAACUCAGUCAUUCCUCCAGGCACUUAUGUCAAAGUCUCCGGCAACCUACGCUCUUUCCAGAAUAACCGAUCUUUGGUGGCAUUCAGCAUAAGACCUCUGGAGGACAUGAACGAAGUUACUUCACACAUGCUAGAGGUUGUUCACACUCAUAUGCAGCAGAGCAAACCACAGGCCAUGAUGGGAGGUGGAGGAGGGAUGAAUAUGAUGCCCACUUCGCAUACAAGCAUAGGUGGCAUGGGUUCAGCAGGGGGCUAUUCUGGUGCUAGUAUGAUGCUUGUCAAUGGAUUGAGUGCCAACCAGAACCAAGUUUUGAGUUUGAUCAAGAGCUGUCAUGAUCCUCAAGGCAUCAGCACGCAAGACCUCAAGCAAAAGCUGAACAGCAUGAGCGUUGCUGUCAUCAGGCAAAUUGUGGAUUUUCUCAGCAACGAAGGACACAUUUUCUCCACCAUCGAUGAGGACCACUUCAGAUCAACAGACAAUGAAGUCUAAUUAUAAUCUUGUUAGAUCUGUAUUACCAGAGUUUGCCAUAGAGCCAACAACCAGCAACCCUUAAGUUCAUUUUCAAAUCAUUGGGCCUUGUUUAUGAAGUAUGAGCAGAACAAAUUUGUAUGUAAAUCGUUAGUAAAAACUAUUCUUUUGUAAAUUGUCCCUUUCCAUUCAGUGGAUGCAAAAAUGCAUUUACACACAUUUGUUCUGCUCAUGUCACAGUGUCAGUUGUGCUGGCCCAUUUAUGUUAAGAAUAUAAGGAUUUGACAACCCAUGUUAAUGUUGUUGUUUUUUCAAUAACCACAUGUAUCUUCAGUAUUUUUUUUUUUUUUCCAUC